CUGAGACUAGUUUCGGACUUAUCUUCAUCUACCGACGCAUCUUCCAUCUACGCUACCGACGGUGCAAUACGCCUUAGUGAUACGGCUGGACGAUCUGUCGAUCAGAAACACGUCCCGAGAUCUUGACGUCCAGGUGGUCGACGUGAGCGAGCGCGCUGCUUCGAAACAUCUCUUGAAUGUUUUUCCGUGUAAUCUCGGCCACCGCUGAUAUCCUGAAACUUAGCUUCUGGAAUAUAAAGUUGAAUGCAAUGCAUUGCAGAGAAUUAUCAGCUACAUUCUCUUUCACGAGUUUCACUACCCCAGGUCUCUUUCUAUCCCUCUUUUCGUUCUACGAUCCUUCACAUCCAUCUGCACGAUGUUCUGCGCUGCUGCUUUUUUCACUCUUUUGACUGCCCUUUCCGGCGUCACUGCUCUGCCUUUCAGCGAUCUUGUCCGGUCCCUUCCUAGAGAUAUCACCCAUAUCGCUGUCGAUGAGGCAAAAGGUCAUUACCUUGCCUUCAAGCGCGAUGGUUCUCUCUACGGGGGGUACCCGGUUGACGAUGCCUCGUCCAGCAGUGUCGAGCGUCGCGCCGCCAGCCAAUGCGCGCAACUUUCCGUUGAUGAAGCCCAAACCCUUUCUGGAUGGGAUGCCAUCGUUCAAUACGCCAAUGAUAACUGGGGCAGUGGCUCCCGCAACAUUGUUACGAACCCUUCCGACUAUGUCGACAGCCCUGCACAAGUCUGUAUCACGGACGAUGUUGUCCAGCUCAGCUUCUCUGGCGAUCCGGUCUGCCAGACACAUACCGCCUCUUCUCAGGGCACUCUCGUUGGCACAGAAGGCGAAGUCGACAUUGAAGUCGACCAAGGCUUCAAUACUGAUACUUCUUACACCAUGAGCACUGCUUCGACGAUUGGUGUUUCCGAUACGCUUACCGUUAAAAUCGGUGUUCCAGAGGUAGCCGAAGUGACAGAAGCGUUGACUAUCUCUGCUUCGGUUACCGAUACCACGUCGAGCACUUUCGACGUAUCUUACAACGACGUGAGCAAGGUGACCAUAAAGAUGACUGCACCUGAAGGCAAGACUUGCAAUGCUCAGACCAGCACCAAGACAUGUAAUAUCCAGGCCACUGGUAACAUCCGCUACCUCGCGACCGGCUGGAUUUGGUUCAACUACAACGACAAGACACAGGGUCACUACAAAUGGGCCGUUAGCAUUGAAUCUGUCUUGACGAACCAGGAUGACCGCUCCAGCUUUGCCACCUUCAAGGGCUCUAUGGUUGCGAAUACCUACACCAGCUAUGCUGGAAACUGUCAAUAAAUGUAAAGUCACAAUUGGUGAUUGUGCAGGUCUGGCAUAAAACUGCAGCCUUUGAGCUACGUGUAAUGUGCGCUGAUACAAACACGUUCCUUCUUUCUAUUUGGUUAUCAAUCAGGCCGUCAAUUAAUCUUAUUUACCCUUCUGCUUGCAAUAAUUUAUAUAUUAAAUACAUCCACUGUCCUUCUGAAUAUUCGUGUUAGAUUAUCCACUCAAUUUGUAUAGUAAGGCGCCUUAGAUGGGUGGAUUAUAAUGAUUCAG